AUGUUCGCCUGCACCGCCGCUGUCGUCUGUUGCACGCUGUUCACCACUGUCGCGGCCAGGCGCGGCCAGACCGUUGCGCAGGCCCGUUCGACGACGAUCGCGGCUUGGCGCGAAGACGUUGUCGACGCGACCGGUGGCCCUACGCUUUCGCUUGGCACUGCCACUUCGGGCGGCGGUUCUUCGUGCUGCAACGGGCCAUACACCACCGACCACCUACCAUCGUACAACACCGUCGCAGGUCCUCGUGAAAUUCCCCUGAAUCUCAUAUUGGAACUGAAUCAGCUGAAGAAUGUGUCAGAAUUGUUCUCUAAAUUCAUGCCGGACAUAAAUACAAAUGAAGCCCAAACUCUUUUCGCUACGACAGGUUUUCAAAGCCGAACUGAGCUAAAUGUAGAAAGAAAAGCAACGUUGACGCCUAAGCCAGCCGGUUGUUCUGUUGAAUCUCAAACCGUCAGCCUUAAAGAUACUGACGAUCAAAGCUUGUAUUAUUAUCCAACGUGCACUCGGGUGAACCGAUGUGGAGGUUGUUGCGCCCACGACUUAUUGGGAUGUCAACCGACCAAAGUCGAAACCCUCAACUUCGAAGUAUUGGUCUCACAGUAUAACGACGAUGGGAAACUACAAUUCAAAGGUCGAAAAACGGUGUCAAUUGAUCAACACUUGAAAUGCAAGUGUGGAUGCGUUGUUAAACCAGAAAAUUGCACACCUCUGCAAACGUAUUACCCCAACGAAUGUCGUUGUACGUGUAGCAAUGAAGAAGACCGUGAUAAGUGCAACGACGAAUACAGUUUAAAGCUAUGGAACUCAGCGACUUGCACGUGCCAAUGUCGUGAAAUAAAAGAAUGUACUUCAGGAUUUGCAUUUGACUAUAACACUUGCGGGUGUGAAGCUUUAAGAAUGAGAAUAAAAAACCCUGGUUAUGAAUUUAACAAAAACACGUAUUCAUUGGGAGGAACGUGA